AGUUACCAUAGCAAUAUUGAUCAAUUUGUUGCGUUGACUAUAGUUCCUGGACAUAGUGUAUUGUAGUAUUUAUGAAUGAACAGUCAUGGAUAGUGGUAAAAGUAAAAAAAUAGUAAGACGGCAGAAUAGAAAAACUAUCGCAGGUAUAAAAUUACCCCCGCUUGAAAGUUCCACAGAUGGUCAAGUCAAAACAAUAUUAGACAUUGAUCCGGAUUUUUAUUCAUUAGUCGAAGGCCGUCCUAUAAAGCCCAACGCAUCCAUAUAUCAGUACAAACAAAACAUUAAAGAAGUGGCACUGAAGAAAACACUGUAUGGCUUUCUUGUCGAUGAAAUCCUCAGAAUUGACAAAGAAAUCGAAGUAGAACGAAAUGUGUAUGAGUCUGCCACAAAACAUUUCGAUGAAUAUCAGAACAGUUUUGACAAGUUUCUGGCUGACGAUAACAAUAAAACGAUAUCAAUUAUGAAAAAGUCUGAUGGACUGGCAAAGGAACUGUUGAAUCAGUCCGAGGAACAUAAAAAGGCAAGUUACGAGUACGCAUCUUUGAAAUCGAAGAUACAAUAUAUUGAUGAAACGUUGGGAAUUUUAUUAUCUUUCCAAAAUUUUCUUUGUACAGCUGCUCCGAUUUUGUGGAGAGAAAAACAGAACGUCAAGCUAGAUAUUAAACAUGAAGACAUUUUCACUAUGGAUUCUGAUAUUUUACGGGAAAUUAAUAUAGAAUCGAUAAAAGAUAAAAUAAGCAGACUUCCUCCACCAAUUCUUUAUUUUGAAACUCCUGAUCAGUUAGUUGCAGCAUUCGAUGCGCUAGAGAAACAAAAUUUAAACUAUUUAUUAGCAACAGAAGAAUUAAAUUCUCAAAAGAAUAAAUUUUUGAAGUCGUUAGAUAAUAUGAAGCUAAAAUUACAGCAAGAACUGGAUUUCAUACAGCAAAAGAUAAAAGAGAGUGAAGAAAUGAUAGUUUUAAAUGAGUUGAGAGAGACUGAAGUAAAAGAUAUGUUUUUCAGAAUAUUGGGACAAAAAAUGAAAUACUUGAUUUCAUCUGACACUGCAUUGCAAGUUUUCAAUUAUGUGGAAUUCGUUUACGAACAUUUGAUUUCACCAAAUGAUAUUAAACUAAGUUCCUUAGACAUGGCUUUGGCAUUGGAGUCUGAAUACGAUAAUUUAAUGCUGGACAUAUCUUUAUAUAAUCUGGAACUUGUAAAAUCGAUUGAGAAAGAAGUUUAUGAAGAUGGCGAUAAACAGAUAAAACGAGCAAAAGAAGCACAUAAAUUACUGAGAGACGUAGAUAAACUUAACAGACGAUUAAAAUCUUCAUAUGAACCAUCAAGAAAGAAAACGCAUAAUGAAUAAAUUACAUUGAAAUUAUAUUUUGUAUCUUAGGUUGACUUCGACUUUCAUGAUACGAACUUCCGAAUAUAAAAGCGACUUUGACUUUCUUAUUUCCAGUAUAUAUGACACAAUAUUUUAAUCUAAGUCAACUACUCCAGUAUUUACUUUAGGUAUACUUAUGAUGAUUAUAUAAUUAGAGUCCUAUAUUAUUAGAGUUUU